AUGGUUCCUACUGAUGUUCCCAGUGCUACACCACUGGAGUCUCCUACUGGAGUCUCCUACUGGGGUCUCCUACUGGAGUCUCCUACUGGAGUCUCCUACUGGAGUCUCCUAUUGAGGUCUCCUACUGGAGUCUCCUACUGGAGUCUCCUACUGGAGUCUCCUACUGGAGUCUCCUACUGGAGUCUCCUACUGGAGUCUCCUACUGGAGUCUCCUACUGGGGUCUCCUACUGGAGUCUCCUACUGGAGUCUCCUACUGGGGUCUCCUACUGGAGUCUCCUACUGGAGUCUCCUACUGGAGUCUCCUACUGGAGUCUCCUACUGGAGUCUCCUACUGGGGUCUCCUACUGGAGUCUCCUACUGGGGUCUCCUACUGGAGUCUCCUACUGGAGUCUCCUACUGGAGUCUCCUACUGGAGUCUCCUACUGAGGUCUCCUACUGGAGUCUCCUACUGGAGUCUCCUACUGGAGUCUCCUACUGGAGUCUCCUACUGGAGUCUCCUACUGGAGUCUCCUACUGGGGUCUCCUACUGGAGUCUCCUACUGGAGUCUCCUACUGGAGUCUCCUACUGGAGUCUCCUACUGGAGUCUCCUACUGGGGUCUCCUACUGGAGUCUCCUACUGAAGUCUCCUACUGGAGAGGAGAUUGCUAAUAUAUUCAUAGGAUCCCUGGAGGCGAGACUGUUCUCCAGCAUUUCCAAUUCUGUGAAAUAG